AUGUCGACAGCCACGCAGACUCCACCGUCUGAAAGGACACUGCAAGAGAAGAUCGAGCACCUCGGUGAUCUCGUGAGAGAUCCCAAAUCUGACUUGGGCGCCGAUGAGUUGCCACAUCUUCCCGAGCUGAUUGAUGAUUGGUACAAUACCAAUGUCGAUGUCACCAAGGAAGAGUUCCAUCGACGAAUCCUAGGAGUCUUUAAAGAUUCCAAGCAUGAGGAGGUAUACAACGGCGUUAUGGCUCAAUUGCCUGACGAGACGCGAAAGGUUCUUGAGGCUUUCAUCGAUGGUGAUAAGACUGCUGAGGAAGCUGGUGAAGCUAUCAAGGAGGUUGCACCUUUGGAGCUUGGAGCCUCAGAUGCCAGCUCUCACGUUCAAACCUUCUCUUUGAUGGCGCAGCAGGGCAAGGAAACCAAGGAUUUGACCUUUCAGGAUUGGGGCCGUACUGUCACGAAUACGCCCACGGUUACGUAUUACCCCGAAACUGUCGCCGAGAUCAUCGAGAUUGUUCGUGAUGCUGUUGCCAAGAACAAAGGCAUUCGUGUUGCCGGCUUCCGGCACUCAUGGGCACCUGUUUUCGGGAGGAGUAACAAGGCUGGCCAGUCUACCAAUGGCGAUGUGUUAAUCUCCACCUUGACUGAGACCAACGCAAGCCGGUUGCCCAAUCUCACCUCGGUUCCUACCAACCUCUUUCAGCCCAAGGAUACAGAACUCAACGCGAUCAACGUAAUCACAGACCCCAAAUUCGUAGGAGCUCCAGCUCUGAAGAAUGGCAGGAAGUAUGUCCAGGUAGGCACGGCGACCACGAAUGAAAAGUUCCGACGAUGGUGCAUCAACACGGGAAAUGUUACUCUACCUAUGAACAUUAUUGAGGUCGAGAUAACCUUUGGCGGUAGCAAUGCUACAAUUUGUCACGGCGCGGGCAUCAACAACCCAACCUUGAGCGACCUUGUCCGACGAAUCGACUACAUCGACGUCAACGGCCAAGAACGAUUCGUCAACAUGUCCGACCCCACGCUUCUCAAGGCCGCAAGUGGCUGUUUCGGUCUUCUCGGUGUCGUCACUUACAUCACCUUUGAAUGCGACGCCAUGUGCACCGCCGUCAUGCGUCCAGUCAAACUUGACGUUAUCGACGCUAUCCCGCCACCGCCCGAGAUGAAGGAUUCGGAUAUCCCUGCUCCCCUUCGCCAAGGGCGCACCCAAGCUGAAAAGGAUGCUAAUGUCCGCGAGUUUGAGCGUCGUGCGAAUGAGGACUUUUAUGCAGAGUGGUUCUGGUUUCCUUACUCGCAGCAGGUCUGGGUUAAUACCUGGAAGACUGAUUCUGACACUAAAAACGUGGUCAACUAUCCCAGCAACGCAAAGACUUUGUAUCAAGUUGCCAGUACCGCGAUUAUGAACAUGGCUCAGGAGAUCGGAAAGCAUAUCCAUGCUUUACAGGUUGCACCUCAGACCCAGACUUCACUCCUUUCUUGGCUUGCAGUGAAGAAUUUCGACGAUGUGAAAGGAACCAACAAGAGCAUCAGAACCCUACUGCCUAAUGCUCUUCAUUUCCAACGCGGCGUCCAGAAUAUCCGAGUACGCAAUCUGGAAGUUGAGAUGGCCCUCGACUCAAAAAAGGGCAAGCCCAACGAGAGGGACUACACUAACGUGAGACGUGCUUGGUGGGACGUCAUCAAGACAUGCUACGCCAACGCCAAAACAUCCCCUAUGCGCAUGCCAAUGGAGAUGCGCAUAAUGGGUUCCAGCGAAGUGACUCUCGCGCCACAGCGAGGCAACAAGCUCGGAACAUGCGCCAUCGGUAUCCUGACUCUAGAGGCUGUAUCUGACAUCUGGGUUCCUUAUGCACAACAAGUCCUUGACAAGUGGACGAGCUACAAGACGAACGAAGGCAAACCCGUGGUGGUGAAGCCUCAUUGGGCUAAGGAAUGGUAUAUGUACAAGGUUGGCGGUAAGCCUUGGGUGGAGAAGCUAGUCAAGGAGGAUUACAAGGAGGAGAUUGCAGAGUUUCAGGCGCUGAUGGCUGCUAUCGGCAAGAAACAUGGAUGGACUCUUGGGGAUAUCAAGAGGACGUUUUCUAACGAUGUCCUUGAUAACACCUUCCUGGGCGGUGUUGCUACAUCUCAGCCACAGCAAGCUGUGAAGGCGGCGAAGGUAGUUCAGGUUCAGGUGCAUGAAGUUCCUGUGGAUGUAGUCUGA